GUCUACAACUCUACCAAACAUGCUAAACAGGAGGUUAAUUAUUGUGGCAUCUAAAGCCCCGUUGGCCCGUUCCGCGUUUGAUGAUGCACUGAGGGGGGUGAAAGAAACAGGCACCAUCGCCACUACCCAGCAGAAUCCUCCAUCCCACUACCGAGUAGUUCGUGAUAACCUUUUCUUUAGCCAGGGUAGUGCUCCCCUCACCCCACCACCACUAUCCCUGCCUUGUCCUCCUCGACCUAGAUCGACCCUCUCGCUCCUCCGUCCUCCUAGCUGAUCAUGCUGUUGAGUCCUCUGCCUCUCUCGUUCGUCAGUGUCCCGGCCUCCCCCUGCUCCAAUUCUCCUCUAGCAUGCUCCCCUCCAUAUAUACAUAUCCCACGGAUGUUGCUUGCUUCCAUGAACUAGCUAUAUAAUAACCUGUCAAGCAGUCUCCUGCAUAGCUAGCAGCAGAAUCUGUCGUCCUUGUAUAUAUACUAGUGUACUAGGCUCUGGUCGACAAUGGCGUGUCUGAGCCAAGGAGGAAGACAGCAGAAGCUAGCAAACAGCAUGAGUGGUGCCAUAGACAUGGUGCGAGCCGCGUGACCCAACAAACUACACACACCUGCUAGGAGAGACCAAAGAGAUUCAGAGCUCCGAAGCGUGCGUGCACGUAAGGAUGAUGUGCUGAGGAGGAAAAGAGAGAGGGAGGGAGAGAGGGGAGAAUUAAUAAGGUUCUCGAUCGUACCGUCUUUUUGCUGCCUGUCGGUCAUCGAUCAUGUGGGGCUUGGUGCGGCAGGGCCUGCGAUGGGGCCGGCGGCGGCGGCGGACGGCGCGGGUGGUGGACGAGAGCGCGCUCGGCGCAGACGGCGACGUUGACGGUGGUGCCGCUCCGGCGGCCGCGGGAGGCGCGGUGGUGGCGCCGACGCUGGGCGGCGCCCUGGCCAGGGCGCUGCUGGCGCUGGCGUGCGCCAUCCGCUUCGACGGCGAGGACGUCGGCGCGACCGAGGAGGCGUGGGCUGCCACCGGGUGGCGGCCGCGCGCCGACGAGGUCAGCCACCUCAUGGUGCGCGAGAGCAUGCGCUACGCCAUUUACGCGUAGCUAGCCGUAUAUAUACCACGUACUCUGCAGAGUAGAAUUCUUCUACGUUCCUAUAUAUAUAUAUAAAUACGUAUCCAUGCAUGCAUGUACCAUUUGGGUAUGUAGGUGUUAAACAACAUAUAUGUACGUAGCAGGUUGAGAUGGUGCAUAGUGUAUCGAGUACUGUAUCUCGUAUUCUUGUACGGGAUGGUCCCUACUAUCUAGUCUACUAGGGUCUAGGACGUACAAUAAAGUUCUGUGAUGUGGAAUUCUUGGUCUUCUUUGGAGUUUUGUUAGUUUUGGCAUUUAGAACUUGGAUUUCAGCUUUUGUAUAUAUGAAGUUUCAUCUGGUGCAAAAAUGCUCUUUCUUCGAGAA